CUCAUUGAUUUCAGUUUCUUUUUUGCAUGAAAUGUGUCCAAAUACAAAAUAAGAAUUUUAAUAAGGACUUAAAGCUUUCGUGACGGCAGGAAUUCAUUUUCUUGUAUAUUAUUCUUGAAUCUAUCUACGUGACUUUACCGAAAGACCCAAUAAUGUAAUAUACAUUUGAAUAAGGUUUCCCUGGAAAAGACUUAUAAUUAAAAUACGUAUGUCUUUUUUUGCUUUUAAAGCAAUGCAACAAACAAGUAUACAAUUUAACUCGACACGUUGGAAACCCACCCUGCCUAUUUCAGACGCACAUUUCGUCUAAUGCGUUUCUGCCCCACGAGGUGGGAAGGGGGAGUCGAUUCAUUUCCGAUUGCCGCCGUCGUCCUGAUUGUCGGAUUGUCGCUGCCGCGGGCAGUUUGGCGAACGUCCUCUGUAGAGGCAAACUUAUUUUGGGUAAACAACACACACCCGCGAAUUAUAUUUCUGCACGCAGAAAACAAAAUAACUUAAAGGAUCCCAGCAAGCGUGGGCUCAUUCGCCAUCGCAGCGAUGCGCGUGUGCACCCCCCACCACAUCCUCCUCCACCCACCCCCCUGGGUAAUUUUUGGAUUGGUCGCGACGAUGAACCCCGAAGUGGGAAGCUCCGGUUUGUGAUUCGCGCGGUAACGGACAGCGGCGCUCCCAGCAGCAGCAGCAACAACAACAACACCCUCACCAGUCCGGUGCAUUCUCAAGCGCGGCCGUCAGCCACACUCACAAGGUUAUCGCACAGAGGACAAAACUAGUAACGCUGCAGCUCCGAUGUUCCAAUAACUCUGCAGGGAUAUAAUCCCAGGAUGCAAGCAUCGGCACAGGUGGCACCGCUCGGAAUGAUGCGGAGGGCUCACGAGCGAGGCACACAGCAGGAAAAAUCUCGCAGGAAGCUGCAGGCAGCCGCUUUCCUCCGCCACUACCGCCGCCGCCAGUGACUCACAAAGUUCAAUCGGGUGGACGCUGUGGGAGCUCGGGGCUGCUGGGGCAAGAGGCCACCGUCCCUGGCACCACCGCCGCGUGUGUUUGCGCGCACGUUCCCCUGAAUAUGAAUCACGGAGAGGAAUGCAGCGGCCGCUGGAUGAGGGAACCGAGUCGGAAUAACGCCACCCUUGGGACCUUUUUGACAUGAGGGCCAGAAAAUCCAGCUGCGGCACCGGGAAAUCCGGCCACCCUCCGUGAUGCGCACCAGGAAUCUUUCCGAAAUGGUCACCGACACGCUCUCAUCGUCGUCGAUCCCGGGGGAGCUGGCCCCGGACGGCGCUCCACCGCGGGACAACUCCUCGGCCUCCGAGGGCCCCUCCUACCCACUUGCCCUGCAGGUGGCCCUCACCAGCCUCCUCACGCUGGAGAUCGUGCUGGGCCUCGGCAGCAACCUCAUCGUCCUGGCCCUCUACUGCGCUAAGUCGGGCCUCGUGGGCUCGGUGAGCAACGCGGUGACGGUCAGCCUGCACGUCUUCGACGUGCUCAUAUGCCUCGGCUGCGUGCCGCUCACCGUGGCCCUGCUGCUGUCGCCGCUGGAGCGCAGCACGCCGCUGCUGUGCUGCUCCCACGAGGCCGCCACGUCCUUCGCCGGCGUGGCCACCGCCGCCAGCGUCCUCGUCAUCAGCAUCGACCGCUACGACAUCUCCGUGCGGCCCGCCAACCGCGUGCUCACGCCGGCUCGCGCCGGCGCCAUCCUCGCCAUCGUAUGGGCGCUGUCCUUCCUGGCGUUCCUCAUCCCCUUCCUGGAGGUGAGCUUCUUCAUGGAGGCGGCCUCAGAAGAGCCCAACUCCAAACCCUGGCAGAACAAGACGCUGCUGUGUGUCAACCGCAACGAGUACCACAAGGAGAUGGGCAUGUACUACCACCUGCUGGUCCAGGUGCCCUUCUUUGCCAUCACCACCGUCGUCAUGCUCGUGACCUACUCCAAAAUCCUGCAGGCGCUCAACAUCAAGAUCGGCUCGCGGUUCUCCGUGACGGCGCCCAAGAGGAAAAAGAAGAAGCCCGGCAAAGCGGCCAACAAGAAGCGCAAGCGCACGGCGCACACAGCGUCCACCACGUCGAGCGGCCACCGCGAGAGCACGCUGUCGCACAGCAGCGGCGCCCAGAACAACGCGCCGAUGGGGGUGCGCACGUCCGUGUCCGUCAUCCUGGCGCUCAAGCGCGCCGUCAAGAGGCACAGGGAGAGGCGAGAGAGGCAGAAGCGCGUCUUCAGAAUGUCGCUCAUCAUCAUCUCCACGUUCCUCGUCUGCUGGACGCCCAUCUCGGUGCUCAACACGGUCAUCCUGUGCAUGGGCCCGAGUGACGUGCUCGUGAAGAUCAGACUCUGCUUCCUGGCCAUGGCCUACGGCACGACCAUCUUCCACCCGCUGCUCUACGCGUUCACCAGACAGAAGUUCCAGAAGGUGCUAAAGAACAAGAUGAAGAAGCGCGUGGUGUCCGUGGUGGAGGUGGACCAGCUUCCGCCGCACAGCGGCGCCGUCAUCCACAACUCGUGGAUUGAGCCACAGCGCAACCGCAAGGUCAAGUACAAUGGCAGCAAUGUCACGGACAAGUGCAUGACGGAGGUCAUCAAAGAGUGAGACGCUGCAACCCCCGCUGAAGAAAUCACUUAACGGGUGCUUUUACAUUUAUAUAUAAUGAAAAAAAGGACAAACUGCUGUAUUGUGGCAUGUUGUAUUACAGGGAAAAAAGAAAGGGUGUUUGUGGUCUAAAAAGAACAUUUUUGGGUGUUUAUGAAAACUGAAGUUGAAUACCAACACAGUAUCUGCUGCUUAUUUAUUUUCAUUUUUCUACACGCGAUUUUAAGAUUGUUAUAAUGACGAAGCCAGCCGUGGCUACUUGAGUUCAUGAUUUCGUAAAAGAAGAGACAGAAUAUAUGUAUAAAAGAUAUCUAAAAUUAUGAUGUGCAAAAAAAUUAUCUUUUGUCUACGUGAUGAAAAACAAAUCUUUGAUUAACAUUUCUUUUUGAGCAAAUUCAUCUUUUUGCACAGACGUGUGCUUGUUAAACGUGACUCUGUGGAAUGUGAACAUAUUAACUCGUGCUGCCCCUCACACGUUUGUGAUGGUGAUUAUUACGUCAAUAUAAAAAAAAACUGAUCAAAUACAUAAAUAAAGCAAUGGGAGGGAUUUUUAUAUGGAGACUUUUUUAGGCCUGUUUUACUACAUAUAUCCUUGUCGUUUAUAAUACAUUGUAAUUGCAAUGUAAUCUAACAAUUGCAAAAAUGUUUCAUCAUCACUAUGAACUUUAUUAUCCUGGAUUGAGCUUUUUAAACGCCAUUUACUAAACUUGGCACGAUACGGUGAUUUAACCCUCGUUAAAAGCCUAAAUGGCUUUAAGCGAUGUUUUAUUUUAUUUAAAGCAACGGGAAGUGAAAUUAAUACAUUAAAUGGUGAACCACACGUGAAGUUCCAAGAGGUGCAUUGUAUAUACUGUACAUAUUCAACAAAUGCACAGUCAUAGAACAAACACUGAUGAUUGGUGGUACCAGUGAAGUAAAAUUGAUACCAGUGAAACCAGGACACCCUUGUAAAAGAGGCAAUGCUGUUGCAUGCAUGUCAACGGGUAAUUUGCAUCCUCCUGGUUAAAUAAAGGAUACCGACGGGACUGAUAAUUAUCGACUGACACUGUCAUGCUAGGAGAUGAAGUUCAUUUUACACGGCAGCCUUCUUUCACGGGGCUCCUGGCCUUUCGUUUUCUUUCUCCAACCAUCUUUCAAAACCAACGCACAUCCCACGUGGAGUUAUGCAUCAGUGCACAAUCAUAUUUCAUUUCGCCGAUAUUACCGCGCGAUCACGUCUCCGACGUUCUGGGUGGGCAUGUGCAGGGCUAGCGGUCGGAUUACUGCCGAACGGAGAAGGAAUGGGAGCUCGGGCGAGUGCCUUGGUUUGAAAAGGAGCUUGCGGGUUUAUUCAGCAAGCAGAAACUUUUCCGAGAGAGAGAAAAAAACCCCAUAGAGAGGCCAUCGGCGCGCACACUUUUUUUUGCAAUAUCUUGCAACGACAAAAAAAAAGAGUGUGAAAAUGCACGUGGGCAAACUCUUUGAUCGCUCGUGACCAAAAAGCGGUAUCCCCCUCAACCCCCUUCCUGGGUAUGAUCGGACACCUUCGCGACGCGCCGCUGUAACGCGCCGUGGAAAACGAUCAGCGGCCGGGGGUCAAUCGCGUUGGCGUCCUCACAACAGCGCUUCUUCACUUCUUUUCUUCGAAACUGAGCCCACGUGUCCGAAUUUUGAAGUGCCGCUUCUGUUACACGUUGUGCAAUGAUCGAAAUCAAUGAAUGUCGUCUCGCAAAAAAUAAAAAUGACAGGACACGCACCGCACCGCACAAGAGACAUGAAUUGUGCACAUUUAAAACAAACUUAUGCUGUAGAUAGUGUCUCGCCACAAUGUCUUGCUGAUGCAGACUCUGUACACUGUGUAGUAUAGCUUGUAACUGUGUUCCCCACAUUAAAACCCAUGUACCGCGCUUAACUUGAUUUAACAACAAAAAUCUAUAUUGAAAAGUGAUUUAAAACUGUGUACAGAUAUAUAUAGAGUUUGCUGCUGUU